CUAGGAGAGACCGAGGUUUAGAAGUCACACGGUGUAGGUUGCUCCUAUUGUGUUAGUCGGGUGUACGAAAUAGUUCGUUUCAAAAACAUCGCAUGUGAUAUUUACGAUCACUUUUUAAAAAUUGGAGGAGAAAGAAAAACAAGGCCUGGUCCAUGUGGUCAGAUAGAGAAGUAGACGGUGUGUAAAAAGAAGAGGACAAGGGACGAAAGAAACGAACUUCAACAGUUUUGGUCCAUCUAUUUCGCAAGUUUUUACAAUCUAUCACGGUCUGUCGAAUAUGUACGCGCAAUGUAUACUAUCGGUUUCAAACAAAUUUCACUUUUCACCAAAACACUUUGACCGUGACACGAAGUCACGUAAACCGAUAGAAAAGCUUGCACGUCAUGGAAUGUGUGAAGAUCUCUGAAACUGUUAUUACAUACUUUUAAUACGUACUUGAUACGUAAUUGAUAGUAAAAUGACGCCGAUUGCUCAAACGAUAUUUUGGAUAAGCUUUUUAUACAUUGCGGCACCAGUAAAAACUGCAAGAAUCUUGGCGAUUGUUCCAAUACCAUCCUACAGUCACCAAAUUUGUUAUCAAUCAUUAUGGAUCGCUUUGAGCCAAAGAGGACACGAAGUCGUCCUUAUAACAACAGAUCCGAUCAAUGACCCUAGUUUGACAAAUUUGACAGAAAUCAAUUUCCAAUCUAACUACCAGAUAAUGAAAAAGUUUAAUUUUGCCAAAAACGUUAUGGCGGGAACUCAUGCGUGGUUAAGGACAUCACGCACACAAAUAUGGCCUCUGUGUGGAGAUUUUACAGAAAACAUGUUUAAGCAUCCAAAAGUACGUAAGAUGUAUGCACCGAAUAAUGAUGAAAAAUUCGACUUAGUAAUUGUAGAAGUUAUAAAAAUACCUAGUUUCUAUGCCUUGGCGCAUAGAUUUAAUGCACCUCUCAUAGGUGUGUCAUCAUUAGGACUACGUAGUACAGAUUAUUAUCUACUCGGUGCACCUGUUCUGUCAUCACAUCCUUCGGUUUGGGAAAUAGAAGAUGACACCGGUUUAAAUCUGUCAUUAUGGCGGAGGAUAAAUAAUUUUAUUCGUCAAUGUCAACAAGAAGCUCUCUCGUUUGUUAGACCGACAAUGCCUAAUAUUUUAGUAUUUGGAAAUUUUCAUAUUUCAAAAAAACCCGCG